GCCUAGAGACAGCGCCGAGGCCUCGGCUCACAGCCGAAUCGUCAGGCCCCGCGGUUCGGUACCACGCUGGGCUUUGGAUGACUAUUCCAUAUUCCCGAGGUUAAAUUACUAGGAGAAAUAUUAUACUGUUUUUCCUUAAGUUUAGUUAAUUCCCCUAACCCGAAUAAAACAGUUUGAUGGGAUCUGGACUUACUGCCUAUUACGUUUAUUACCCGUUGUGGGCAUUUCUGAGUCGUGGCUGAAAGAAGAUCACAGUUGGGAGCUUAACAUCUAAUGACAGACAUUGUGUGAAAGGACAGGCAGGUUUUCAAAUGCAAGAUGAUUCUUCACCAGAUGCUGUCACUCAGGAAGUAAAUACUCAGGUUGAAGAGAUGCUGGUAAUUCCUAAUGAGGGUCGAGACACCCCGAAAGAUGAAGGAGCACAGAAUCAGCCUGGUUCCCCUGCCUCUGCAGCAGCAAUCGAGGAGCAGACCGAUCUUCAGGAGGAAGCCGCCAUGGACGCUUCACUGAACAGUAUGUUCCAUGCAAUCUCUAGCAGCAAGGCUGUGAUCAAAAGUCAACAAAAGGACGAGCCUGACCUGCGCUAUGACCAGAAGCUGUCCAUCGUCAAGGAACUUUUCUACUGCAAGCCAGUGGUUUUCCUCGAACGGUUUCACAAGAUCAUCAGAGAGGAGCACCUGGUCUGCUUCAGUCACUUGUCUGAUAACUACGAAGUAACUUUCUACUGCAACGAGGUGCGGAAGUCAUCAAAGAAGAAAAGUGCUCGAACAAACGUUCGCAACAAGAGAUACGCGGCCCUGCAGCAGCUGAUCAAAGAUGGGGAGUACUUCAGCGAUGAGCAGAUGCGAACUCGAGACCCACUGCUCUACGAGCAGUACAUCAGGCAAUACAUGACAGAGGAAGAGCUGUUGGCACAAAACAGCAGGAACCUGGGCGGCUCGAUGAGUCUGUCAGAUCUGCUGAUGAACACAUAUCAGGAAAAGAUCGUGCAGGAGAGGUUACAGUGGCAGCAGGAAAGGGAGGAUGCCUGUGAAGAGGAGGAGGAGGAGGAAGAGGAAGACGAGGAGGAAGAGGACAGACCCAUGUCCAAAGCUGCGGAGUGGGUGCCCAGUGACGAUGAGAGGAUCAUGCUGAGGGACGAAUUCGUGAGCCGUAUGCAUCAGCGCUUCCUAGACGGAGAAGAUGGAGACUUUGAUUACAGUGCUGUUGACGACAACCCAGAUUUUGACAACCUUGACAUUGUGAAUCGUGACGAAGAGGAGCGAUACUUCGAUGAGGAGGAGCCGGUGGAAAUUGAGGAUAUGGAAACGGAGUUGGACAGGGAAUGACAGGAUUUGAAUGCAUUUCUAUUAAAUCUCUCUUUUACUAAG